AUGAUGAACGCCCAAGAUGCGCCAGAGCCAAUGAUUUUGACUUCGCUCCUCGACGCCUUGAUUGACUUCCGCCACAACUGGCCCUUGGCUAUUCUGUCUCUUGCUAUUGUUGCCUUUUGGACCUACAAGGCCAUUGAGUGCAACGACCACUAUUCCCGAGUCUCCGCGGUCCGCAACCCACUCACCCAAUGGCUGGAAGCGUACUUCUCGGGCCGGAUGAGUCUGUACCUCGUGCUGCAUCUCUGCCUGAUGAUCGAUGAGAUCCUCGUCGCCAGCUGGAUGUUCCUUGUGCUCUACUUUUGGAAACAACGUACUCUGGAUGUGAUCGAUACUGGUCUUUGGGUGCGGUGGAUUGCGCAUAAGCUGGGCUGGAUGGUAUUUGUCGCGCUAUUCUUGGGACUGGCGUUGGAAGGAAUGGAGGACGGGUAUGCAGCGUCGCAGGAAUACCUUUACAUGAGCUGGCAUGGUGAUGCGAUGGUAGUGAAAAGCUGUCUUCCACCACUGAGUGGUCGAGCUUCACAGCCGAGUUGUAGCGGUGACCAACAGACGGUUCUGGCCGGCUACACACGGGCAAUGGAGCUGCAUACUGAGAUCAAGCGAAGGCCAAUGCCGGUUGAGCGUGCGGAGAAUUCCGUCGAGCGUGUUAUUGUUGAAGGUUCUGGGGAUAUGCAAAGGGGACUGACUCCCCGUCUGCUCCACCCGCAUGCUUCGCAUACUUCAUACAGGAGAUGCAGCACCACCCGAGUAUCUACCAUCUACGUCGCCAUUCAGUCGAGACAACAACAUGAUAAUAUCGUAAUCCCUCUAUAA